UUACUUAUGUGUCUGACGCAGGGGUUCCGAGUUGAUUGAGCAGCUGCAGAUGGAGCGGAUAAAAGAACAAAAGGAUCAGGAACACUGCGUUCUUAACAAGAUCAGACUGGAGAUGGAUCAAAUCAAUGCAACCCAACAGAAGACUCAGGGACCCAUGUUUAAGGAACCUGAGAGUCAACAUGUUGUAGGUCUCUGCAGACCAGACAGUAAAGAAGAUGCAGAUUACUAUUAUUCCAACGAUGAUGACAGGGAUUAUGAUGAAGAUGAGCAGGACGACUCUUAUACUGGACCGCCGCCUGUAAUGAAGAGCAAGCCUCUUACCUUUGAGGUGCAUCCAGGCGGAACUGUGGCUCUGCCCUGUGCGACUGUGAAUCUGACUGAUGAUCUGAAUGUGUUUACGUCAUGUGGAGGAAAGAGAGUACACUUCUAUAUGUAGACAAAAUCCAUCAGGGGUCCAAGGACCCUCGGAUCACAUAUCACAGACACAACAAUUCUCUUAUUGUCACGAAUGUCAAUACCAGCGACUCUGGACAGUAUUAUUGCACUUUCAGCACUACUCCAAAAGUGGAAGUGAUGCAUACAGUGAAUGUUUUUGGUAAGAAAAUGAAGGCUUUGUAUCUGUA